AAAACGUUCUGUGAUAAAUUAGUCAGAUACUGUUUAUGACGAGCUUGAAAUCAUCCUUUCUUCAACAUGCUGUUAUAAAAAUGGAAAAAUCAAUGGCUGAAUAAGAUUUUGCUAGAAAAAUGCAGAGUCAUAUUUGUCUGUGACAGUUUUUGAAAAGUUGCUGGUAUUUCAAUAAUUCAUUUCGUGUAUAGAAUUACUCAAUAAACGCAUGGUGCUGGCAAUGUCAAGGGAAUUUGCGAUUUGAUACAUUUUGAAUUCGUGUUUUACAUAGAAUCCUUGUUAUAUACGUGCACCGUGUUGAGUUGCAGACAUCGUUCGAGCGUUCAAUGGGUCUGGCUCAGCAAAUAGAAAGAUGUCAACUGUAUACUUGACCUGCUCCAUGGAAUAAACCUUUGUUUUAUAGAAAUGGACACGGGCAUAUCUUUAAGCAAACAGUGGUAUGAGAGGAUUUAUCAAUAAGGAAGUUUGAAAAUAUCAACGAGAAUAAAGAGUCAACGGGAUAUUAUUGCAAAGACAUCUUGCAUAUACAAAUUCCAAAAAGUCAACUAUGAUGUAAUGAGUGAUGCUUCGAGAAAGUAGUCCGGCAUAUAAUGUUUCCAAGAGUUACGCUACUAUAUCGUCUGCUAGCGGUAUGCGUUUUCGUUAGCCUAAUUAUGAUACUUCUACAAACAGCAGACGACAGAGUCCAUAACAAAAGACUUCCGGUGUUGCUACAAUACGCAAAUGAAGCCCUGCGCGAACAUGAUUCCAACGUCGAUCUUAAAUCUUUAGGGAAAAACACAAAAGUGUUAAAUACCAACAAUUCUGCCAACAUUACAAAAAUAACAAACCGUUAUACUGAUCCAUCUACAACAAGAAGUCCGCCAGUGAAUCCUCAUAAUUUCAAAUUUUUAAUUAACCCAAAGAAUACGUGUAAAUCGAAAAGUUUAAAAUACAUGAUAUAUGUUCAUUCCGCUCCAAAGAAUCACAAGAAACGACAAAUGGUGCGGCAGACGUGGGGCUCACGUGCUGUUUUGGAGAAAUACAACAUGAGGAUAGUUUUUAUAAUGGGGUUAGUUGACGAUAAAAGCACCAUGGGAAGGGUUAAAUAUGAAAGUAACACUUACAAUGAUAUUGUGGUUGAAAAUUUUGUAGAUUCUUACAGAAACUUAACUUUUAAAGCAAUAGCCGGCAUAAAGUGGGUUUCAAGAUAUUGUGAUAAUGUUACUUUCGUCAUCAAAUCUGAUGACGACAUCUUAAUUGAUAUGCAUGCUUUAAUGGAACAAAUGAACUCAACUGAGAUUAAGAGCUACGGAACAAAAAACUUGAUCAUGUGUAAUCAAUGGGUAAGAAUGAAAGUAAUACGAGACAAGAAAAGUAAGUGGUACAUAUCAGAAGAAGAAUUUCCAGACGAAUUUUUUCCGCCAUAUUGUUCUGGUUCCGUGUUUAUUAUGAGCAUCGAUGCAGUUAAGCGAAUGUACCAGGCUUCACUGGAUACUACUUUUUUCUGGGUGGACGACUUCUAUUUAACAGGAUUACUUGUGAAAAAGAUUGGAAUAGAACAUAAGAGAUUGAACGAAAAUUACAUGCUCAAUGCGCGUCUUGCUUUAGAUAAGUUAAAAGAGGAUAAAAAGCACGAGCUAAGGUUCUUUCACGUGCACAAAUUAACGCAUAUAUACCGGAUGUGGUCAAUACUCAAAGAGAGAAUGAAUUCCACGUGUGAUGAUUGUUUGACGCAUCCACCGAACAUAAAUAUGACCAGUCUUACUUGAGAGAGGCUGUGUUUUUAGGUUUAUUUUAAAUUUAAUGCAAUUGUUUUAAUUCUCUUUAAGAUCAGCACUUUAUAGACCAUAAGAAAAAUUGAGUGUAGGACAAAAGCCCUCCCGGAUAAAAGCCCUCCAAACCAAAAAUGAAAAGGCGGACAAAAGCCUUCCCGUGAAAAUGACUGGGCGGAUCCUCCCGUGAAAAUGACUUGGCGGACAAAAGCCCUCCCAUCAAUAUCGCCAUGUAACUGUGAUUGAGUGGUUGAAUUGUUUUUGUUAAACUGUUUACUAUCAUUUUUUACAUUGUAUAUUUUAUCUCAUAAAUUACAAAUAUUUAUUUACAAACUGUGUCAGCAUUUCUUCACUGGUGAUAAAAUUCGAAAUAAUAAUAUAUACUUCAAUGUU